AUGACCAUCAUCAGGAACGACAGUACUGACAAGGACAACGAGCAUCACUCAGAGGAUAAAUCAACCAAGCUUAACAAUCAACUAGUCGAACUACUGGAAGGGCUUAAUAAUCGCAAGUCCAGGAUAGAUGAGCAAGUUAAAUUCCUAUCGAGCCUACCGAAGAUCUUACCCUUCGACCCGCUACCACCCGAGCCAUCGAACGUAUCCCGGAAAACGUGGGAGAAGUGGUGGUCAGAACAUGAUCGAAUCGAACAGGAGGCUGGGUUUUUCAGGGAAGAUGAAUUUGCGUUGAUGAAGAAGGUGGCAAUGUCUAAAACAACUAACAUGUCCAGAGAAGAUACAGAUUUAGUAGGCCUCACCCUUGGCACACUCGAAGCAUUUUCAAAACUUGAGCACUUACUCAGAUCUCGUCGCAAACAACUUCAAAUCUUGGACCUUAGGAUCAAGUGGGACCAACAGACUCAUAAGGUUAGGCAAGACCUAGCAGAACUUGAAACUCAACUACCAGUACUUUUGUCAAAAAUCCGAUGGGCUCCUCCGACUCCAAACCUAGAUCAGUCCCUCAAUCCCGGCAUUCACAGCAUACCUUGCAACUCCCCACUCUUGCCCCGGCGUCCUACAACAUUUCCAUCAUCCCAUACUUGCCCCUCUGGCUCGAGCAAUUCCACUCGAAAUCCCCUCUCACGGUCUCUCCAAUCCCGGAAAGAGGUUGCCGAUUUCCACCACAAUUCACAAUCCUUUUCCUCGCUCGACAUUACCGCGGUGACUCGUUCGAGCCCACAUGUUGAUCAGACUAGCGCCAACCGAACUUCAGCCCAACUUGGCGAACCCUCUACCGGCAUGUCUUCGAUUGGCUCAUCCACUACACCCGGUUUACCCCCCCAGCUACCGCACAGCGAAUCUUCCCCCAGGUUCAGAAAUACAAUCAGUUGCAUCCGCACCACAUCAGCCCCUGCAUACGAGAACAGUUAUACAUCAUCGGUCGCGAUCCCUUCAUCGUAUUCAUCUGCACAAUCACGAGCCAUGAGAAUCCAAUCCCUUGCCCUCCAACUUUCAUCCGUCAACACUAAGUUCCACACUCUCAAUCGAUCGAUUGUUCCCACUUCGACAACAAUCGAUAAACUCAUCGACUCAGGGCUUCAUGUACCAGAAAUAUUCCUUGAUCUGCAAGACAAACUUGAGGCUGCUGUCCGGUCACUUCAACCCACUGAAACCGGAAAAUUCUGUGUGGCACUUAUGGAGCAGCAUAAGGAGGCUGACGACAUAUGGUUCAACCUGUUCCACCUUGGCCUCGAGAUUGAAUCGUCCAAACGGGAGAUCGAUCGUCUUCUUGCUGCCGCCCAGAUCGAUCCACUUCGUUUAGUCGAAUUUAGGCGUGAAUUCGAUCGACUUUCGAGAAAGUACGACACCCAGCAUCUUCGGACUCAACUACGAAUUCUACCUACCCACUCGAACUAUCCCGAUCAACCAGAGUUCAGCGAACGUUUAAUCGAGAGCCUACGGGAAGGUAGUGAUCGGGUCAAAAGUGAACUCGAUAGGCUUGAUGAAUCCGUAAAGAUCUACCGGUUCGCCACUGAGGCAUUGGAAGAAUCUAAAGUCCUGCGAAGCUUAAUGGAAAAAUCCAGGCAGAAACUCAUAGCAUCCAUCGAGGCAAUCGAGAGAUUAAAUGGCGCGCACCCUCAACGAGCCUGGUUGAUGAAUAGUCCGGAUUGCCUGACUCUGAACGAAAAAGACAAAGAAUAUGAGAGUGAAUGGGGAAAGAUAAUGGCCGGAUUGAAAGAAAAUCUCUUGGCCGCAGCGAACCUGCUCGAAACCGCCAAAGCUGCCCUGAAAAAAUUAAAUGCGCCUGGGGGUGAUCCCAAUGUACGGUCGGAUUUCUGUCAAGUCAGAGAUGUACUGAAAAAAUCCGUUGGUCAGGCCAAACAAAUUUCAACCCACAAGGAGGAGUCCGUCGAGAAGCUGUCCAAAAUUAGGACAAUCUGGGAUAAAAUUUUGGACACCCAAUCUGAAAUCGGAAGACUGCGUGACCAACUCUUAUUGGAUGCUUACCGAGAUAAAUGGAGAAUGAGGAAGUCUUCGACUACAAGCCCCGGUAUUUCGAGCCAAGGUCCGGAUUGCAAGUUUGAAGCAUCGGCUCGGGAUCCUUCCCCACGAGGAUUUCCAUCCCUCGAAGAGCUUCGCCGCCCAGCAGCUCUUCCUACCAAUCUUUUCCACACCCAUCAACAAGUCUCAAACUACAUCUCACAAUCUUUGCAACCACUUAUUGAAUCCACACUUGCCGAACUGACCCAGCAGAAUCAACAUCAGGCCGUUCUUCAACACAUCCUUAGUAAAUUUGACGAUCUUCGACGCGUACAACUGCCUGGAGUUGUAAAGCUUGAAAAAACCGUUGAGCUGAUUCGCACGCAGGCCUGCCAAGUGCGGAAGGUCGAAAGUGAGUAUGAUGCCAAAGUUAUCGAAGGCGGGCGCUGGAUGAAGAAGGUGCAAGAUUUGAUCGAUGUUGAGUUGGAGCAUACGUACGAAGAAAUCGAGAAACCUUUAGGCCCCGCGGACUCCGAAGCCCAACUGGUCGACAAAUCGAGUCAAACACAGACUUUGGCUCAACUCACAAAUUUCUUGCAUGCCAUCGAUCAAUUUUCCGAUUCCCUACCUAAUCGCAUCCCCUUUGUCGCUGCGAGUCAUUCGGACGAUCUGGCGAUGCAAAACGGACGCGUGGUUUUACAUUGUCAACCUCAUGAUGAAUCUGUUCGUUCCCAUCUCAACGGACUUUCGAUGUAUUUGAUGGGCUUAAAGAAUCAAAUUUCCAAUGAGUCAAUCCUUCUCGAAUGGAUUAACAGCAUCCACGUGAAGAAGUUUAAACAGGCUGUGGAUGAUGUGGCAAAGGAGAUUCAAACAACAGAUAUGAAAAUCCAGACGUUUAAGGCUGAUAUUCAACGCCUACAAGAUUUGAUCGAAUCUAAUAUAUACGAGCCUUUUUUGACCGACGAUCAACUCGAAGAAACGUUGAAUAAACCCCUCCAGAAACUGACUGUUACUCUAGACGAGGUCGAGAGUCAGCUCAGCCAAUCUGCAUCCGUUCAUCUGGAAGCUUUCAUCACCUCUUGUCCAAGUUCAUCGUCUUCUGGGGCUUUCAAACCAGAUCAGUUUAUUCUUCCCAAGCAAAUGUCACAUCAUCAGCUGCAAGCACUCUACAAUCAAACUCGCAGAGAGUUAGAAAGCAUCCAUCUUCUUGCUAACAAAUUCAAAAAUGAAACCAAUUUGCGGCGUAAGAAUGAAGUUUCCUGGAGAGCGGACUGGGCCCAACGCAUCUAUGAAUUCACCAGCGACUGUGGCAAGCUCGACGCCGAAAUCGAAACUCUUACGUCCGAAAUAACCCAGCAAGGAGAAGAGUUAGUAAAUUGGGAUGAGAGCCAAUUCCAAGCUCUGGGGAAAGCGAAACUCGCAGACGUUGAUGAUCCAUUACCAGGCUACUUGGAGGAACUAGCGUUACACGAGUCUAGAUUGGCCGCAUGUAAGGCCGCAUUGGAAUCGGUUCAAGAUAGGAUUGGUCUUGUUCAUCAACGGGCCACAGCAGUGAAACUGGACAUCGAAGAUAGACUACCCGUGUUUAUUCAUUUGACCGCAGAUCUCUUUCCGCUUCUAGACCAAUUGAGGUGCCAAUGGUCGAAAUCGCACGACAUCGGGUUGAACAUCUCACUCUCUACGGCUCGGCUGAAGCAGGAUGUCGAAAGUUUUUUGGAAGAGUAUGAAAGAAGAUUGGGCUGGAAGGCUCAGUGCCUCAAUAUCACCGGUGAGGGGCUUCAAUACGUGGAUGAACUAUUGGUUAAGUUCGACGAAAAUUUUGAGCAGUUUUCAAGAUCCUGGUGCUCAUUUAAUGAAGGCGAGACCCUCGAGGAGGCAGGCCAAGCUUUCGACAAGAUGUUGGAUUUCUCAAGAUCGCUCAACAGUUACAGGACUACCGACCUCUAUUUGAUACAAUCUCAAAUUGAUGUCGCUCAGACAAAAUUAUCGGCAGUUCGUAAAGCGAUUGAUGAUAUCAGUUCUGAAAAGAUUCCACAUGACUAUCUCGUCAAAGCAGAAGCUGAAGUAGAACGUAAAAUUCAAGAGUUGAAAAAACGUUUCGGCAAUCUUGAAGCGGCUGAAAACGAUCUAUCGACCUUGCUGUGCCGAAUGAAUAGUAAGCAUCAAUCAUGCUUGGAAGAUAGGGUAGAAAAUGAUGUCAUUUCGACACAUUAUGAAGUUGAACGGGCUCGAUUGACAGACUGGGGUCGUGAUGACCUCGAUCCAUUCAUCAAUUCAGUCGAUACCGAGGGACAACACAUUGAACAUCUAAUUGCCAGCGCUCAACUUCUGCCGUCCCAAGAUCCCACUACUAGCUGGCUUGACAGCGUGGCCGAGUCGGCCACAUCUAGGGCAAUGUUGGACGAUGUUAGUUCGGACGUGAAAAAUCAGGUAACAGCGAUCGAGGAUUUAGUCAAAUGCGCUAUAGAUGCCACCCAGCGACUUGUAAUUCUCGAUGUCACGCAGGCUCAGCUAGCGCAAACGAUUUCAACUUUUCAACGAACCCUCCCAGAAGAAUGUAGCAAGUACUUGGACGAAAUACUGAAUCAACAGCAGUUCGAAGUGCAAGAUCACGGACCCAAUAGAUUUGAAGCGGCUUCUUCCAAAUUAGAAGAGAAUCACUCCACCUUGAGAGCUCUCAAUUGCCCUCUGCAAUCACGACUGGCAAGGGCUAAAGAUAACUUACACAUCAUUCAAAACGAAAUCGCGAAGAUUGAUGUCUUGUCGGGUCUCUGCGAUCGCCUCAACCAACUUGAUCUUGACGGAUUUGUUGACAUUGAGGCUAAUUCCCAAUACUCGCCAUUGCCUGAUCAGGCUGGCCUGGCUCAGAUUCUACACGUUUUGGACGAGACUGGAAACGAAGUUGAGCAAAUGGCCAAUACUGUCUUGGUUCAAACGCGUUUGCAAGAUACUUUAAACUUGUUAGAGGAUAAGAAGCACAAGGCGGGGAUCAUGAGCCAAUUGGCCAAUUGUAAAUCAGCAGUUUCAGACUGCGAUCAAUCGUUCUCAGCUUUAAUAGAUGUACUUGAUGUUCGCCGGACGGAAAUCACAGAAGCUAGAAUCAAGAAUAUCACUGAAUCUGCCAAAGCAUCAUUCGGGGCCUUAUUGAAGCUAUCCGAAUAUGUCAAAACCGACCCAAGAGUGGGAUACCAUGUGACUCGGACAAGACAUACAUGGGAGGAGCUCCAGUCGAUCAUUAAAGAAACCCCUUCUGAACAGCAAAAGGACCUUGGUCGGUCGAUAAACCGGGCCAGUAACCCUCUUUCAAAAUCCACGAGGCUGCCUUUACCCAACCGAUCGAGAUCUCGUCUAGCAAACGCAACCGAUACGUCAUCAUCAGUAAAUUCUAGCCCAAGUUGUUUCAUUCCUCGACUAAAACAUUCCAGCCAUCAUGUGAUGAAUCAAUUCGAAAGUCCUGCUGCUUCUGAUUCACCGGCCGGCUUCACGAAUUCGCCCUCUUUUAUGAUCACUCGCAGACACGCACAACCCUCCCCAGAAUCAUUGCACAGCAGAUUAAACAAAGCUAUACCAAACUCCGAAUCAAAUACCCAGCCAAUUCCUGUCCGAUCGAUCUCGAGGCAGAGUGAAGGCAAGAAUCCAAGUAGCACGAGAAGUAAUAUAUCAUUCAGAGAACGCCAUCGGUUACAUUCCAUUCAAGGUACUCCUACGCGACCUGCAGCCAAGCUGUUGGCUAAUCGAACAGCCGCAAAUCCAAAUACCACACCCACUCUUUACAAGCCUCAGGCGAAUAGAAAUAUCGACAAACUUGUUGGGAAUGUUGUCAACAGACUUGCACGUAAUCAAUUCAGAGUACAUGUUGCUCCUGCCGAUGGAUGGGAGGACAACAGUGGAAUGUAUUGGAUCGGCGAUAAGAUUUAUUUUUGUCGCAUUCUGAGAUCUCAAACUGUCAUGGUUAGGAUAGGAGGGGGUUGGUGUGAAUUAUCUGCUUUCCUCAUGGAACAUUUAAGGUUAACUACUCUAAAUACCACAGCUCAAGUCCAACUUAGAACGGGCGGAGGAUCUGAAAGAGUGGCAUCAGCAGAGCACGCUCGACGUGCAUCGACAAGUCACUCAGCUUUAUUGCCAAGUUCUACUAUUAGUUCGCAUGGGAGUUGCGAUUCCAGCCCGCGCAACACACAAGCCGUCAAUUAUGCGAGACUGAUAGAUUCUUCAACUUCAACUCCUACGUCUUCUACUGGUACCGUGCUGAUCACAACACCUCAAGAAAUACGGACGAACAGUGGCCCGUCUUCUAAUGAAAGAGUUAAUCUCAAUCAGUCAACAUCGCAACUGAACUCGUUUUUAUCUACACCGACCGAAACCAUUCAGAUGUUUUUGAGAAAAGCUGAGAAUCGCAGUUAUCUAACCAACAAUUAUAUCCAGACUCCUCCUAAUGAUGGACUAACAACCUCUGAAUCAAUCCUCAAAAUCAACCGUCCCAACUUUUCAUCGGUUUCCAGUGCUAAACUCGACCCGUCUGCUUUAUCCGCUUCUGUAUCCCAUAAUACUAAUCCUAACAGCCCCAAUCUAAAUAUGGGCACCACUGGCAGCAACAAACAUUCACCUCUUCCGCUUUGGAGACCUUAG